AAAAAAAUCUAUGCAUAAAGCCUUUUUUUUAAUGGGUACAGUAAUUUGGUAGUGCUCUAAAUGCUGCAACUGUGGAGAAAUAUGGAACAAUGGAAGCAGUGGAAAAAGUGCAGCAUGCUUCAUCAAGACAUAUGAGAGCCAACCUUUUCACUUGUUAAGCAGCUCCACAACAUUGGUGUCUCAUUCCACUAGAGGAGCUUGAGAAAGUUAGUGAGGUGGAAAAUUGCAGAAAUGGAUACUUCAAUGUCUCCGGGAUCAGCAAGGACCUUGGAUUUAAAGCAAAAAGGAUUGGCCACAGGCAUUCAUAGAUGUGCUAGGAGAAAGCGCAAUAUAUAAAGCUUCUUUUUUUUGGCAGCACAUUGAGGAAAAGCAAGAACUUAGCUUUUACUCUUUUCCUGGCAGGAUAAAGAAGAUGCUAGAAGAGGUGAUGUAGAAGGAAUCUUCAGCCAGAGAAAAAGAAUUGGGGCUAGCCAAAAAGCUCCUCAAAGGUUUGAGUGAGAUUGCCAAAACAAUUUUGAACUUCGGAUCUAAGGCAAAUAUUGCCGUUGGAUCUUCACAUUGUUCUCUUCCAUGUUGCUGAAGUUUGCCCCUCUUUCUCUUCAAUAAAAAAUGGUAUUGAAC